AUGUUUAAAUCAUCAAUUAUUUUAUCAUUUUUAAUUUUGACAGUUUUGUCUUCAUCUGCCGUCUCUGGUAUCCAAAUCAAUGUUCAAAAUACAAAUCAAGUAGAGUCCAACCCAGAAAAAGUUGGUGAUGUACAGUGCGUAUUAUGCACUUAUGUUGUUGUGUACGCCGAGAAGUUGAUCAUGGGUAACAAUACUGCCGCCGAUGUCAUCAAUGGUUUGGACCAAUAUUGUGCCAUGCUCCCAGGAACCUACAGCCAAACCUGUCACUCUUUUGUCCGUACCUACGGUGCUUUGAUCAUCCAAAACAUCAUUAAUUUCGAAACACCAUCGAUGAUCUGCAAGCAAAUGAUGUUCUGUGCUGCAGCCACCACCGAAGUUUCUGAACCACAAGAGCCAGCCGUUGUCCAAGAGAUGCUCCAACAUCAUCAUCACCACAAGAUCGAAAAGAAGCUCGAGUGCAAAGCAUGUCAUUACAUUGCCUCACACGCCAUCAAAUAUGUUGAAUCAGGAAAGACUGACGACCAAAUUGAAAGCGCUCUCGAUUCAGAAUGCAAUAACUUUGAAAUUCACGCAGCCGUCAAGGUUUGCAAGUCUGUUGUUCAUGUUGCCAUCAAGGAUUUAAUCAGAGAUCUCAAGAACCAUGUUUCUGCUGAAGAUGCAUGCAAACAUGUUCAUAUGUGCUAA